UGCGUAAGUAUCAAAAGUAUCGAUAUUUUGAUUACAGAAUCGAUUUCAGAGCAUGAAGAUCCAGAAUCGGAAGUAUUGAUAUUUCAGGAUCGAUCCGCACAUCACUAGUCCGCAGUUAGCCGGUGAGUCACCAUCUCUUCCACGAUCUAACGGAGGUACUUGUGUUCAUUUUAAACAUCAAAUAUGUCGGACGAGGGUAAGCUGUUCGUUGGGGGGCUGAGCUUCGCAACUGAUGAGGAGUCUCUAAACGAGGCCUUUAGCAAAUACGGAUCCAUUGAGAAAGUGGAUGUGAUAAGAGAUAAAUUUACAGGAAGGUCUCGUGGCUUUGGUUUUGUGAAGUACAAUAAUGUUGAUGAUGCCAAGGAUGCCCUGGAAGCUAUGAAUGGCAAGUCUCUGGAUGGAAGGCAAAUCCGUGUAGAUGAAGCUGGCAAAGGUGGUGGACAAUCCAGAAGUUAUACAUCUGGUGGCCCCCGCAACAACAGAUUUGGAGGAGGAUCAUCUCGUGGGAGAGGUGGGCGUGGUUACUCCAGAGACUUCGGAGGUGGUGGAUACUAUGGAGGAGACAGGAGUGGCGGUGACAGGAAUUAUAGCGACAGAAGCUUUGGAGGUGGAGAAAGGAGCUUUGGAAGUGGUGGUGGAGGAGGCGGCAGUGGUGGAUACAGGAGUGGAGGAUACUCGGGAGGCUACAGAGAAAACAGGGGCCAGGGUGGAUAUGGUGACCGCUCCGGAUCUUACCGCGACUCGUAUGACAGCUAUGCUUCACACGAGUAAAGAGCUCCCUGAUUCAAGAUCAUCACUUGGCUGGCUGUAUUUCAAAGAUGCGCUCAUCAAGGAAAAAAAUGUCUGUUAUUGCUGACCUUAAUUUGUACUUCUGUCAUAGUAGCUUGGACAUCUUUAACUAUGUAGCAGUCAGUUAAGUCAUUCCCGUAACAUGUAAACAAUUAAAUUGGAGCUCAAGCUUUUUGCUUAAUUGGUCGCCUAUAUUCCUUCAUUAGACAAAACUAAAAGGUAUCUUUGUAAUAUAAGUACUAAUACUGUAACUCUCCCAGUUUCAGUUCAAACAACUCUGGCUCUGUGUGGCUUUUCUUGAAGUCACAUAGGUUACUGGCAAGUCUGUCCUGCAACUUUCCCCUAUUUUAACCUAAAUUUUGUUGUCGGUUGUCUUUUAUAUAUUUAUAGUGAGGGGGUUUUUUGUCUCGUCAUUUCCCUUGCUUAGUCACCGUGACUGAACUACCUCAUAUCAGGCUUUAUACUGAAUGAGAAAGAUUCCCGUACCAGUAAACAGAUCUAGGGGAUUUAACACUAAAUCAUUUUUUUUAUCUAAAACUUAGUUUAGCCGAGGCUCCUGUAUGUUCAAUUUCCAAAAAAAUGAAUUCCUUUCAGACUGGUGAACUACACAUCCGAGGUGGCCGGCUGUUCAUGAAGUUGCAAAUUGCAGCAUGCUACAGUCUGUCUAAGGUAUCUUUUGUGCUCAACAUCUGCAUUUUAUAUGUGCUGUAAAUUGGACUAAACCUGUUUAAAGUGAUCGGAACAUGUACCUUUUUUUCCCAAAAGUAGUUUCAAUUUGGGAACAGUUUUGUACUUUAUGUUCUUUGUCAGCCUUGUCAUCAACCUUUUUCUUUGUCAAGUUUGGCUUCAUGGAGCCGAUUAAAUGAACUGUGGAAAAUA